UUAAUGGCUUGGAGGAAAGAGACGCUCUUCUCGCUUCAGGAUUUUUCUGAAGUAUAAACAUAAUUACUAACAACCUCAAAGAAAGUUUAAGACAAUAUUGCGUCUAUUAGAAUACAAAAUACUAAGGAAAGUAUGCAGGAUGCAGUAGCCGGGACGGCAAUGCUGACAGACGGCUUCGAGGACGAGAUUGACUCUGUGACUCCGCGCUCCCCUGCCGUAGGAAUGGGAGUUGGAGCCACACCAGGACCCGGACUCGGGGGUUUAGGGAUUGGUGUUGGUGGAAAGAAAGUCCGCUUGUUUGGCGAGGCUGGUGGGCCUGCAGCUGACCGGCUUGAUUUCCAGCUCGCAGCGGCCGCAGUGCUUUCCUCCGGCCCUGGAUCUGCCAGCGACGAUGAUGAGGUAUCUGAGGUGGAGUCCUUCAUAUUAGACCAGGAAGACCUGGACAACCCCAUGCUAAAGACGGCGUCAGAGCUGCUCCUGUCCAGCGCUGCCGACGGAGCUGAUCUCAGAACAGUGGACCCAGAAACACAAGCCAGAUUGGAGGCUCUGCUGGAAGCAGCCGGUAUUGGUAAACUGUCCACUACCGAUGGUAAAGCCUUCGCAGAUCCAGAGGUGCUACGCCGCUUGACGUCGUCCGUGAGCUGUGCGCUGGACGAGGCCGCUGCCGCUCUCACACGCAUGAGGGCCGAAAACACACUCAACGCCAGCCAGGCAGACAAUCUGGUUAUUUUCAGCCGUAGCUUGGCGGAGGCGUGCUCGGACGGGGACGUCAACGCUGUGAGGAAGCUGCUGGAUGAGGGGAGGAGCGUCAACGAACACACAGAGGAGGGAGAGAGUCUGCUCUGCCUAGCCUGCUCUGCUGGGUACUAUGAACUUGCACAGGUCUUGCUGGCCAUGCACGCUAAUGUUGAAGAUCGGGGGAUCAAGGGUGACAUCACGGCCCUCAUGGCAGCAGCCAGCGGCGGCUACGUAGACAUAGUCAAACUGCUGCUGGUACAUGGGGCUGACGUCAACGCACAGUCCUCCACAGGUAACACAGCGCUGACGUACGCGUGUGCGGGUGGCUUCCUGGACGUGGUGAAGGUGCUGCUGAAGGAAGGCGCCAACAUCGAGGACCACAACGAGAACGGCCACACCCCUCUGAUGGAGGCGGCCAGCGCGGGUCACGUGGAGGUGGCCCGGGUGCUCCUGGAGUACGGGGCUGGUAUCAACACGCACUCCAACGAGUUCAAGGAAAGUGCCCUUACGCUGGCCUGCUACAAAGGGCACCUGGACAUGGUGCGCUUCCUGUUAGAGGCUGGGGCUGACCAGGAGCACAAGACCGACGAGAUGCACACAGCACUCAUGGAGGCUUGUAUGGAUGGGCAUGUGGAGGUGGCGCGGCUGCUGUUGGACAGCGAGGCGCAGGUCAACAUGCCCGCUGACUCUUUCGAGUCUCCGCUGACGCUGGCGGCCUGUGGGGGCCAUGUAGAGCUUGCUGCCCUACUGAUGGAGAGGGGCGCCAACCUGGAGGAAGUCAACGAUGAGGGAUACACGCCCCUCAUGGAAGCUGCACGAGAGGGCCACGAGGAGAUGGUGGCGCUGCUUUUGGCACAAGGUGCCAACAUCAAUGCUCAGACAGAGGAGACCCAGGAGACUGCCCUGACGCUGGCCUGCUGCGGGGGCUUCCUGGAGGUGGCUGACUUCCUCAUCAAGGCCGGGGCCGACAUCGAGCUGGGCUGCUCCACACCUCUCAUGGAGGCUGCACAGGAGGGACACCUGGAGCUGGUCAAGUACCUGCUGGCUGCCGGAGCCAAUGUCCACGCCACAACGGCGACGGGAGACACGGCGCUGACUUACGCCUGUGAGAACGGACACACAGACGUGGCGGACGUGCUGCUGCAGACGGGGGCUGACCUGGAGCAUGAAUCGGAGGGGGGCAGGACCCCUCUAAUGAAAGCUGUUAGAGCGGGCCACCUCUGUACUGUACAGUUCCUAAUCAGCAAAGGAGCUAAUGUGAACAGGGCGACGGCCAACAAUGAUCACACAGUAGUGUCUCUGGCCUGCGCCGGGGGCCACCUGGCCGUGGUGGAGCUGCUGCUGUCCCAUGGGGCUGAUCCUACACACAGACUGAAGGAUGGCUCCACCAUGCUGAUCGAAGCUGCUAAGGGCGGUCACACCAUCGUGGUGUCCUAUCUCCUCGACUACCCCAACAACGUCCUGUCGGUCCCCGUGCCAGACUUGUCUCAGCUCACACCCCCCUCCCAUGACACCUCUCCGGCUCCACGAGUUCCAUUCCAAGCCCUGGCCAUGGUGGUGCCUCCUCAAGAGCCAGACAGAGUCCCCUCCAACAUCACAACGCCUCCACCCGUCAUCACAAAAGGCGGUUCCAAGCAGAGGCUGAGCCCCCUACAGGGCAGCCCCGUCACUGCAGGCGGUCCAGACGCGGACCUGCUGUCUCCCUUCCACCCGUACCAGCCCCUAGAGUGCAUCGUGGAAGAGACUGAGGGCAAGCUGAACGAGCUUGGCCAGAGGAUCUCCGCUAUAGAGAAGGCCCAGCUGCAGUCCUUGGAGCUCAUCCAGGGAGAACCUCUCACCAAAGACAAGAUCGAGGAGCUGAAGAAGAGCCGCGAGGAGCAGGUCCAGAAGAAGAAGAAGAUCCUCAAGGAGCUGCAGAAGGUGGAGCGCCAGCUGCAGCUCAAGACACAGCAGCAGUUCACCAAAGAGUACAUGGAGGCCAAAGGCCUGAAGGACGACCCGGGGCAGCUUGGCCAGGCGGCAGGGGUGGAGCAGCCCGGCACCCCCCUGCCCUUGCAGGCUGCAGAGCCGGGCUCCGACACCGAGGGGGACGGGGAGGGAAUCCACCACCACCAUGAUGGACAGCCCCACCCCGCCGCUGAGGAACAGGAGGAAGAGGACGAUGAUGAGGAGGACUACGCCAAGCUACCUCAGGUGGACACCAUCCUGUAUAGACAGGCCCAGGAACCCCCGCCACCCGCUCCUCCUCACACCCAGGCCCUGCAGAGUCCCGCACCUCCUCACACCCAGAACCUGCAGAGUCCCGCACCUCCUCACACCCAGAACCUGCAGAGUCCCGCACCUCCUCACACCCAGGACCUGCAGAGUCCCGCUCCUCCUCACACCCAGGACCUGCAGGGUCCCGCACCUCCUCACACCCAGGACCUGCAGGGUCCCGCACCUCCUCACACCCAGGACCUGCAGGGUCCCGCACCUCCUCACACCCAGGACCUGCAGGGUCCCGCACCUCCUCACACCCAGGACCUGCAGGGUCCCGCACCUCCUCACACCCAGGACCUGCAGGGUCCCGCACCUCCUCACACCCAGAACCUGCAGGGUCCCGCUCCUCCUCACACCCAGAACCUGCAGGGUCCCGCUCCUCCUCACACCCAGGACCUGCAGGGUCCCGCACCUCCUCACACCCAGGACCUGCAGGGUCCCGCUCCUCCUCACACCCAGGACCUGCAGGGUCCCGCUCCUCCUCACACCCAGGACCUGCAGGGUCCCGCUCCUCCUCACACCCAGGACCUGCAGGGUCCCGCACCUCCUCACACCCAGAACCUGCAGGGUCCCGCUCCUCCUCACACCCAGGACCUGCAGGGUCCCGCUCCUCCUCACACCCAGGACCUGCAGGGUCCCGCUCCUCCUCACACCCAGGACCUGCAGGGUCCCGCUCCUCCUCACACCCAGGACCUGCAGGGUCCAGCUCCUCCUCACACCCAGGACCUGCAGGGUCCAGCUCCUCCUCACACCCAGGACCUGCAGGGUCCCGCUCCUCCUCACACCCAGGACCUGCAGGGUCCCGCUCCUCCUCACACCCAGGACCUGCAGGGUCCCGCUCCUCCCCUCCUGCAGGCCCGCUUCUUACCCUCCCAUCUCCUGGCCACCCAGCAGUCCACAGACUUCAGUACGGCAGACUACCCCGUCAGCUCCAGCCCCGAUCUGGAGAGGGUGAUGGUGAACCAGCAGCAGAUGUUGUGGCAGCAGUUGACAGACCUGGGACCGGGCCUUCUCACCCAGGCCCCUGAAGGACUCAUGGUGGCCACCCCAGCACAGACCCUCACAGAUACUUUGGACGACAUCAUGGCAGCAGCGGUGAGCAGCAGAGUCCCCAUGUUGAGCACGACGGCCUCGCCCACAACACAGACGCCCAUCCAUUCAGUGUCCCCACACUCCAUGCUCCCCCUCUACCCCUCCGUAGACAUUGACGCACACACGGAGAGUAAUCACGACACCGCUCUGACGCUGGCCUGUGCGGGCGGUCACGAGGAACUGGUGUCGGUGCUUGUCGCCCGCGGGUCUAACAUCGAGCAUCGGGAUAAGAAAGGUUUCACUCCUCUGAUCCUGGCUGCCACAGCGGGUCAUGUUGGCGUGGUGGAGAUCCUGCUGGAUAAAGGAGGGGACAUCGAAGCCCAGUCUGAGAGAACCAAAGACACUCCUCUCUCCCUGGCCUGCUCUGGAGGAAGACAGGAGGUGGUGGAGCUGUUGCUGCUGCGCGGGGCCAACAAGGAGCACCGUAACGUUUCAGACUACACUCCGCUCAGCCUGGCCGCCUCAGGGGGCUUCGUCAACAUCAUCAAGAUCCUCCUCAACGCUGGAGCUGAAAUCAACUCCAGGACUGGGAGUAAGCUGGGUAUCUCUCCUCUGAUGCUGGCUGCCAUGAACGGUCACGUCCCUGCGGUCAAGCUGCUGCUGGACAUGGGCUCAGACAUCAACGCUCAGAUCGAGACUAACCGCAACACGGCGCUGACCCUGGCCUGCUUCCAGGGACGGGCGGAGGUGGUCAGUCUGCUGCUGGACCGCAAGGCCAACGUGGAGCACCGCGCCAAGACUGGGCUGACCCCCCUCAUGGAGGCGGCGUCGGGUGGCUAUGCUGAGGUGGGGCGGGUGCUGCUGGAUAAGAGCGCUGACGUCAACGCCCCACCUGUCCCCUCCUCCCGAGACACCGCGCUCACCAUCGCUGCAGACAAGGGCCACUACAAGUUCUGUGAGCUCCUAAUCAACCGAGGUGCUCACAUUGACGUGCGCAAUAAGAAGGGAAACACUCCCCUGUGGCUGGCGGCCAACGGCGGCCAUUUUGACGUGGUGCAGCUGCUGGUGCAGGCUGGGGCUGAUGUCGACGCAGCAGACAACCGCAAGAUCACACCACUCAUGGCUGCCUUCCGCAAGGGCCAUGUGAAGGUGGUUCAGUACCUGGUCAAGGAGGUCAACCAGUUCCCCUCAGACAUCGAGUGCAUGAGAUACAUUGCCACCAUCACGGACAAGGACCUGCUGAAGAAAUGUCACCAGUGCAUGGAGACCAUUGUCAAAGCCAAAGACCAGCAGGCAGCAGAGGCCAACAAGAACGCCAGCAUUCUGCUGAAGGAGCUGGACUUGGAGAAGUCCAGGGAGGAGAGUAAGAAGCAAGCCCUGGCCGCUAAGCGUGAGAAGCGUAAGGAGAAACGCAAGAAGAAGAAGGAAGAGCAGAAGAGGAAGCUGGAGGGGGAGGAAGAGGGGGAGGAAGAGGAGGAGGAGGAGGAAGAGGAGGCCAAAGUAAAAGAGGAGUUAGAGGACCAAGACUCCUCUGAAGACGGUGAUGUCCCCAUUGACCCGCCCAGCGCUACCACCACCACUACCAUCGGCAUCUCUGCCACCUUCGCCAAGAAACGAGCCAAUGUAGCGACCACACCCAGCACCAACCGCAAGAACAAGACCAUGGAGCCCAUCAUCCUGCAGGACCCCCAGGUGGUGCUGGCUCAGCAGAACACUGACAAAAACAAGAUCCACAGGGAGCCCAGGGGCGGCGGGAUGCCGGGUGGCAGCGACUCAGACAACCUGGACAGCACCGACUGCAACAGUGAGAGCAGCAGCAGCGGAGGCAAGAGCCAGGAGCUCAACUACCUACCGGACAUGCCCUCUUCAUCUUCCUCAUCCUCGUCUUCAUCGUCUGCUCCCUCGGGGGUGAGCCAACAGCCCCAGCCGGUCCCUGAGAAGAGGCACAUCUCCCGAGACCACAAGGUCACAGUGUCCAUCUCCAAACCACACCAGAAACUCCAUGACUGCAUCAACGUCCUGGCGCCCAGCUCCCUUCCCCCCUCCUUCAAAACCAUUUCACUGCCGGUCACCUCGCCCAACAGCAAGAUGAACCUCACCAGCCCCAAGAGGGGCCAGAAGAGGGAAGACGGCUGGAAAGAGGUGGUACGGAGAUCUAAGAAGCUAUUGGUGCCUGCCUCUGUCGUGUCUCGGAUCAUGGGCAGAGGUGGCUGUAAUAUCACUGCCAUUCAGGACGUGACCGGUGCUCACAUCGACGUGGACAAACAGAAGGACAAGAAUGGAGAAAGGAUGAUCACUAUCAGAGGAGGCACAGAGUCGACUCGGCACGCUGUGCAACUGAUCAACGCCCUGAUCCAGGACCCAGCCAAGGAGCUGGAGGACCUAAUCCCCAGAAACCACAUCCGCACCCCUGGCACCAGCACCAAGAUGGGCUCCACCUACACCACCUCCACAGGGGCCACCAACACUACGGCGGCCGGCUCAAAGGGUCUGGCAUCAGUGUUUCCGUCGUCCGCUGUGUCCUUCCAGACCCCCCCGGUCUCUCAGCAGGGAGGGAAGAUGGGAAAGAACCUGUCCCCCGGGGUGAGGCCCCCCUUUGUUUCAUUGCCCCUGGUGUACGCCAACCCACAUCUGGCCCUGCUGGCUGCCCAGACCAUGCACCACAUCCGACACCCACGUCUUCCUAUGGCACAGUUCGGUGGCACCUUUUCUCCAUCGCCUAACACCUGGGGCCCGUUCCCGGUGCGGCCCGUCAACCCUGGCAGCACUCACAGCUCUCCCAAGCACAGCGGGAGCACUGCCCCCCGGCCAUCCCCUGUCUCCGCUGCCCAUCCUGAGUACACAACUCCUGCCUCUACAGCAGUCCCUGCAGCCACCGCCUCGCCCACCAGCACUGCCCCCUCCGGCACCCCAACGCCCUACUCUGCCAGGAAGCAGCUCUUCUCUGGCGAACCAAAGACGACCAGCAUGACAGCUGUCACUUCCACAGUGAGCAACGUUCCCGCCACGCAGCUGGCCCCUGCACCCUCCACCAUGCCCUCUACGCCGUCCUCCCCUUCCGUGCCCAUCGCCCCGUCUGCACAGCAGCUGCUCGUCUCCAAGCCAGAGCCUGCUGGUGGCACCACGCCUGGUAAAGAGAAGUCCUCUCCAGAUGCAGCACCUGUCCAAGGUGGAGCGUCUGAAUGUUCCAGCUCCAACGGCCCCAUGUACUUCACAGGUCCUCCAACGGCUCCACCAUCACUGCCCUCCCAGCAGCCAGACAGCCGACAGCAUCAGCUUCCCCUCCCCUUCUCCCCCAGCACAGAGCCCAGCCCCCCGGCCGCCCAGCCUCCCUGCUCCCACCUGCCCUCCUCUCACACUGCACCAGCAGGGGGCAGCACCGUACCUCACUACGCACAGCCUUCUCCCUCGUGCGUGCAGCCCUCGGCUCAGGUCUACCCCAUGCCAGCUGGGACAUCUCCACAGGACCACCAUUCUAUGUUUGUUCCCUCUGGAGCCUCCCAGGAGCAACACCAGAAACAGCAGCAGCAGUAUGCCAACCAAGGCAUGGCACCCCCUUCCAUGGGCAUGAUGAACGGCUCCCAGAUGCACAGCCACAGGGGCAAGACCCAGCAGCUGCCCCCCAACUACGGCCCCACCGCCCUCUUCAACCAUUUCAGCAGCAUGUUUGACAGCAACCAGGUGGGCAACAAUCAGGUGUGGGGAGCAUGUCACCUGCCUGCCCGGACCCCUCCGGAGCAGCCCUACAUGGGAGGCAUGGGACAGAUGGAGAACGUGAUGCCAGCUCCUGACGGCUCCAAGGCUCCAGGGUAUCGCUGUAACUCCCAGAGGAUUGUCACCAGUCCCAUUGGCAUGCACCACAUGGACCCGUCGGGAAACUCCAUCUCUUCGUCUGCUGCUCUGACCAGCUUCGCCACCAGUAUCUCUGGCAGUGCAGUGUACCUGCAGGGUCCAUCCCCGGUGGGAACCCCCUCCUUUAGCCGCCAGCACUUCUCCCCUCACCCCUGGAGCGCCUCCACCUCCAGUGAGUCCCCGGUGUCCUCUGUGUCGUCCCCUCUUUGUGCGUCCACGGUGACCACGGCUCUGAUUCAGGCUAAGCCCAGCAGCAACAGCCAGCAGGACCGCAAGGUGCCCCCACCCAUUGGCACUGAGCGCCUGGCACGCAUCCGCCAGACGGGCUCCGUGAACCACGCCAUGCUCACAGCCAGCUACACGCCGCCUGUCGGACAGGGGGGCAUCUGGUCCUUCGGCGUGGGCAGUGCGUCUGUCCUCCCCUGCUCUUACCCUCCACCUUUAGAGGCGAUGUCAGGCUGGUCUCAGCCCCUGAUGGGCGGUCACGUGAUGCACCAGCAGAGUGGCUUCUCCCAGCACCAAGCCAUGGAGCGGGACGACACCGGCAUCGUGAACCCCUCCAACACCUUCCAUCAACCCAUGCCCACCAACUUCAUGGACUUCCCAAAGGGUUUGCCAAUGUCAAUGUAUGGCGGGACGAUCAUUCCUCCCCACCCUCCUAUGGGAGAGGCCCCUGGGGGCCCCAUGUACAACGGGCUCCAUAGCGCUGACCCUGCCUGGAAUCCCAUCAUGAACGUGGUCUCCAACGCUGCAGAGACUGCAGAAACCCAGCAGGUCUGGCCUGGGACUUGGGCCCCGCACGUUGGAAAUGUGCACCUGAAUCACGUCAACUAAACACAUCUAGCGAUUGAAGCAUAGGACCAUUUAACAAGACUCAUACACGUUUAAGAGAACCAGAUAAUUACAUAAUAUACAAAGAUAUUAACCUAGGGAGUGUCCAGAAACUGAGAAAUUGGAUGGUCGGACACCAUUUUGAUGUGCCUAACUAAAAAGAUGAAUUCAGUGUGGGCUGUAACGUGUUUAUCACUGUCUAUGAACAAACCGAUUGCCUGUUAAACAGGAUCCAUUCUUUGCGUAGUAUAGCCAUUAUUUUGACUUUAAAAGCCCCACAUUUAAUUGUUCUUGGUCUGCAGGACUGUACGCUUAUUUAUACUCAGCCCAAGAACUAGGUGAUAACAUAAAGCGAGAACUCAGACCUUUUUAGUGGUAAAUACAUGUAUAAUUGUUUACAUACUAAAAAAAAGAAGGGUUAAAACCAGAUUACAUGUCGUAUAGUGACUCUACUGUAUUAAUGUGUAAUAUUUACCUUAAUAGUCAAUAAAAAGACAAAACUGUA